AUGUUCAAACCAGUAGACUUCUCUGAAACAUCUCCUGUGCCGCCUGAUACUGAUCUUGCUCCUACCCAAUCGCCACACCAUGUGACACCUAGCCAGGACUCCUGUUAUGAUCUUUUACCCCGGGGUUCCGAUGAUAAAAUUGACGCUGAGAAGGGUCCACACGAUGAGUUGUCUAAACACUUACCACUUUUCCAAAAAAGACCUUUGAGCGAUACUCCCAUAUCUAGCAAUUGGAACUCUCCUCGAAUUACUGAAGAUAACACCCCUUCAGACUCUCCUGAGAAUAGCGCUACGAAUUUGAAAUCGUUACACCGAUUGCACAUUAAUGACGAAACUAAACUAAAAAAUGCGAACAUUCCCAUGGACAAUGUUACUGAUUAUAUUCCUCCUUCGGGUGAAGCAGAUGAGGUGACUCGAAUUGAUUUGAAGGAUAUCAAAUCACCCACAAGACACCAUAAAAGAAGACCUACCACUAUCGAUGUUCCUGGUUUGACGAAAUCUAAGACUUCUCCAGAUGGUCUCAUAUCUAAGGAAGACAGCGGGUCCAAAUUGGUUAUUGUUAUGGUCGGAUUACCUGCUACGGGAAAGUCGUUUAUUACAAAUAAGUUAUCCAGGUUCUUAAAUUACUCUUUAUACUAUUGUAAAGUGUUUAAUGUUGGUAACACAAGAAGAAGGUUUGCCAAGGAGCAUGGCUUAAAAGAUCAAGAUUCAAAGUUUUUUGACCCAAAUAAUGCUGAUUCGACGAGGCUGAGAGACAAAUGGGCAAUGGAUACUUUAGAUGAAUUGUUAGAUUAUUUAUUAGAGGGUGCAGGAUCGGUGGGUAUUUUUGAUGCCACCAAUACUUCCCGUGAAAGAAGAAAAAAUGUGUUGGCUAGAAUUAGAAAGAGAAGCCCUCAUUUGAAAGUUUUAUUUUUAGAAUCUGUUUGUUCAGAUCACGCACUGGUACAGAAAAAUAUUAGACUCAAACUAUUUGGUCCAGAUUAUAAAGGAAAAGAUCCUGAAAGCUCUCUGAAAGAUUUUAAAAGCCGUUUAGCGAACUACCUCAAGGCCUAUGAACCUAUUGAAGAUGAUGAGAAUUUGCAAUACAUCAAAAUGAUAGAUGUGGGGAAGAAAGUUAUUGCAUAUAAUAUCCAGGGGUUUUUAGCUUCGCAAACGGUGUAUUACUUGUUAAACUUCAAUUUGGCUGACAGACAGAUUUGGAUAACGAGAAGUGGCGAAAGUGAGGACAAUGUUAGUGGCCGUAUUGGCGGCAAUUCUCAUCUGACUCCUCGCGGUUUGAGGUUUGCCAAAAGCUUGCCCAAAUUCAUCGCUAGACAGAGAGAAAUCUUUUACCAAAAUCUCAUGCAACAAAAAAAAAAUAAUGAAAAUUCAGAUAACAAUCUUUAUAAUGACUUUUUCGUUUGGACCAGCAUGCGUGCUAGGACUAUAGAGACUGCCCAAUAUUUCAAUGAAGACGAUUAUCCUAUCAAACAAAUGAAAAUGUUAGACGAAUUAAGUGCGGGUGAUUAUGAUGGUAUGACAUAUCCGGAGAUUCAAAACAAUUUCCCAGAAGAAUUCGAAAAAAGACAAAUGGAUAAGUUAAGAUAUAGAUACCCUGGCAUUGGUGGUGAGUCGUAUAUGGAUGUUAUCAAUAGGCUCAGACCUGUGAUCACAGAACUAGAAAGAAUCGAAGAUAACGUCCUUAUUAUUACACAUCGCGUGGUAGCAAGAGCCUUAUUAGGAUAUUUUAUGAAUUUAAGCAUGGAUAUCAUUGCCAAUUUAGAUGUUCCAUUACAUUGUGUCUAUUGUUUGGAACCAAAACCUUAUGGAAUCACUUGGUCAUUGUGGGAAUACGAUGAAACAUCCGAUUCAUUUUCUAAAGUCCCACAAACAGACUUGAAUACCACGAGGGUGAAAGAAGUGGGCCUCGUUUAUAAUGAAAGAAGAUAUUCUGUUAUACCAACUGCCCCACCAAGUGCAAGAAGCAGUUUCGCAAGUGACUUCUUGUCAAGAAAAAAGUCCAACCUUACUUCUGCAUCAUCAUCACAGAGUGAAUCAUCAGAACAACCGAAAAAUAGUGUUAGCGCUCAAAUUGGCAGCACAGCAGCACUUACUGGAAGCAACAUUAGUGUUAACAACAACAAUGGUAAUUCAAAAGUGCCAUUGUCUGCACCAUUAAUGACCACCAAUGCUUCUAACAAUAUCUUAGACGGUGGUGGUACCUCGAUUUCGAUACAUCGUCCAAGAGUUGUUCCAAAUUUGAAUAAUGUGAACCCUCUAUUGGCUAACAAUAGUAAAUCAACUUUCAACGCGCCUAAUAUAAAGAACUCAGCAGCUACAGCAAGGCAAAUGUUUGAAAUAGACAAAGUGGACGAAAAAUUAUCUAUGUUGAAAAAUAAAAGUUUUUCAUUACAUGGAAAGGACUAUUCUACUGACACUGAUAAUAAUGAUAAUGAUGAUAUAAGAGCAAGAACGAUGACACGGAGUCAAAGUCACGUUUAA